AUGGAUUACCAUUCGAUAUACCAAUUAUUUACGGCAACUUAUCAUUCUGAUCCUAACAUCCAAAAACAAGCUGAAUUGCAGCUAAAAAGAGUUGAGGGUAUACCAGGCUUUAUUUCGACCUGUUUACAAAUUAUUGGGUCACAAGAGAGUGAAACUGGUACAAGGCAGGCUGCCGCUAUAUAUUUGAAAAAUCGUAUCCGCAAUUCAUGGGACAUGGAUGAGGAGAAUAAGAAAGCAGUACCAAUCUCGGACGAUGACCGGAGGGGCGUUAAACAAAAUAUUCUCAACGUGCUCUUAAAUACCCCAAAUAAUGUGAGGAUUCAAUUGCUAGAUUGUCUGAACCGCGUUUUGGCCAGAGAUCAUCCAAAGAAUUGGCCUGAUUAUUUGUCGCAGGUGCAAAUGAUGCUCACAUCGAAUGAUCCCAGCACAGUUUACAUUGGUUGUUUGGCUUUACUAGAAGUUGUUAAAAUUUAUCAAUGGAAAUCAGAAGAGUUUCGAGGUCCUUUACGAGAAAUUAUCCGAACUGCAUUUCCGGUAAUUCUACAAGUUGCGCUAAGGAUACAGAACGAAGAUAGUCUUGAUGCCGCAGAGCUCAUGAGGAUAAUACUUAAAACGUAUUCAUCGGCAGUCCACUACGAACUUGUAAAAGAUCUUCAAGACAAUUCAUCAUUAGUCCACUGGGGAACGCUUUUUCUUAACAUAGUUGCUAAGCCUAGCCCAGAAUCAACACUUCCUGCUGAUCCUGCGGAACGGGAAAAAUUUGGCUGGAUGCGUCCUAAAAAAUGGGCAUAUAAUAUUCUAAAUCGUUUGUUUAGCAGAUAUGGCAAUCCAGCACAACUUCCUCGUUCGGCCUGGGAUUUGUACAAAAUAUUUGCCGAAAAUUUCAUUGAGAAUUUUGCACCACAGAUCCUAAGACAAUACUUACAUCAAACGGAGUUAUGGAUAAAAAAAGAACAAUGGUUGAGCAAGAGAGCGUUGUUCUCCUUGGCUGAUUUAUAUAAGGAUGCAAUUUUUCACAAGAAGACAUGGCAGAUUUUAAAACCUUACAGUGGCGAGCUAGUUUCUCAUUUCAUUUUCCCGCAACUCUGCUUUACUACUGAAGACAAUGAGCUAUGGUUGGAGGAUCCCAUUGAAUAUAUACAUAAAAAGGUUGAUCCGCUCGAAGACUUUACAUCACCGGUGAAUGCUGCUACCACAUUCUUGAUGGAGCUGACACGACACCGUCGGAAGCACGUACUUAAUGGGAUUCUAGGAUUUAUUAAUUCCAUACUCAAGACCUAUCAAGAAGCCCCGUCAAAUGAGAAGAAACCAGGAGAAAAAGAUGGUGCAUUGAGAAUGAUGGGAUGCUUGGCCGAUCAAAUUUUAAGGAAAAAAAGUAACGUUGCUCAUUUAAUGGAAGGAGUUUUCGUCGAGCAUGUAUUUCCGGAAUUCAAGAGUCAGCAUCCAUUCUUGAGGGCAAGGGCAUGUGACAUGUUAGUGAAAUUCUCUGAAUUGAAUUUUCAAGACCAGCAAAAUCUUGCAGCUGCUUUCCAAGGGAUUACCGACUGUAUGAGGGACACGGAACUACCUGUGAAAGUACAAGCUGCUUUGGCUUUGCAAAGUAUGAUACGACAUGACGUUGUUAGGACAGCGCUUUCACCGAAUCUGCCCGUGGUUAUGCAAGGCAAAGCAAUAACCGUCGUUGAUGAUGAACAAUUAAUCAACCUCACAAAUCAAGCUGAUAUCGACAUUCUUACUACUGUAAUGGAGGAAUUCGUUGAAGUGUUCUCAAAAGAACUGAGCCCUUUCGCGAUUCAAUUAUGCGAGCAAUUGCGUGAUGCAUAUUUGCGAAUUGUCCAGUCGAUUCCUGAAGAUCGUGAUGAAGAGUUUUUAAAUUCUCUUAGUAUUGAUGAUAAGACUAUGGCAGCGAAUGGUGUGCUUAAGACUUUGUCUGGUAUGAUCGUAAACUUGGAAAUUUCCCCGGAAACUUUCGCUCAGAUGGAAGUAACCUUACUUCCAGUAAUUACGUAUACUCUACAGAAUAAUAUUGUCGAUUUGUAUGAUGAUGUGUUUGAGAUUAUCGAUUACUGCACUUUCACGACAAAGAAAGUGUCACCGGCUAUGUGGACCGUGUUUGAUUUAGUAUACAAUUCUGUUAAAGAUGCUGGAAUAGAUUACAUCGAAGACAUUGUGCCUUCGUUGGAUAAUUAUAUAUCAUAUGGCAAAGAUGUAUUGUUAGAAAAUCAAAACAUACAGGCCAUGAUGAUGGAUAUCAUUGAUACGAUAAUGAAGCAUGAUCGGUUGGAGGAAAAGGACCGUGUGGCUGGUUGUAAAUUAAUGGAAUCCGUUCUGCUGAAUUGCAGAGGUCAAGUAGACCAGUACGUAAGGCCGUUUAUGGACCUUGCCUUCAUGUACUUCGCCAAAGUACAAGAAGUGCGCAGUACAGCAUUCAAACUUUAUCUUCUUGAAGUUAUAAUCAAUGCUUUGUAUUAUAACCCGCUACAUACGCUUGUCAUUCUUGAGGAAUACCAAACAACACAGGCCUUUUUCACGAUUUGGUUCCAAAGCCUAGACACAUUCAAUCGUGUCCAUGAUAAGAAACUCACCAUUGUAGCAUUAUGCGCACUAGUAGAAUUGCCUCCAGAACAACUGCCACAGGCAGUGCAAGUGGGUUGGUCACAAAUAUUACAGGCGAUGUUAACUAUACUAAAAGGAUUGCCCAAGGCUGAACAAAAUCGAGAACGCAUUCGAAAAAUAUAUGAAGAAGGCAUUGAUAGUGAUGAUGAUGAGUCUCAACGAUUCAGGGCUUUUGGCGGUGAUGAGGAAGCCGAUGAUGACUUUGCUACAGAAAAUGCUGAUGAUGAGGAUGUACUUGACCAAGACACUGAGUACUUGGAGAUGUUAGCGCAAGAGGCAGCAAGAGCUGCAGCGGAAGAAACGGAUGACGAUGAAGAUGACAUUAAGGAAGAGGUCGUGUUCGAAUCUCCCCUUGACGAUAUUGAUGCAUACAUCAAAUUCCAGGAGACGCUAGUUGGGUUACAACAACGAAAUCCAUUAUCGUAUCAGCUACUUACUAGGGACUUGACUUCCGAAGAUCAGGAAGUGAUAAAAUCGUUAUUUGCCACCGCUGACGAGCAUCGCGAACAUGCGAAAACAGUAGCAACGAAGGAGAAUGGAGAUAUUUGA